AUGCCAGGUGCUAUUGCUUUAGCUGGCAUUUUCUUGGUCAUUCUAGUGGAGAUGAUAUUUCACCCAUGUCGAAAAUUCCCCCCAAAGUCUGAAAUCAACUCAGGUGGUGGCCAGAUUCAGGUUGCAGACGAGGCAGAUUUCUCUCAAACGCAAGCUACACCAAGAGAUCCAACAGGCCCGCUACGAGACAUGGGAUUGCUGGUCGGUAGAACAUCAAGUAUUGGCAGAAGUCUUACCAGGGUCAAUGACCAAGGCGAUGCGGAUCCCAUCACAAAUACAACCAAAGAGCGACAAUCGUCGAACGCAACUAAAGAUGCCAUGAGUAAAAUGUCACCAAACGACCUGACGACAGCACAAAAAUUGCGCAAGGCUAGGCUUCAAUGUGUUCUUCUCGAAGUCGGCAUCUUAUUCCACAGCAUCUUUAUUGGCAUGGCUCUGAGUGUCUCCAUCGGUAGCGAAUUCGUGAUUCUCCUUAUUGCAAUUGCAUUCCACCAAACAUUCGAAGGCCUCGCUCUAGGAUCUCGGAUUGCCAGCAUCGACUGGCCGCAAGGAACAUGGCAGCCAUGGCUCAUGGCGCUCGCAUACGGAUGCACGACCCCCAUCGGCCAAGCCAUCGGGCUCGCCACACACUCGCUGUACAGUCCCGACUCAGAGACGGGCCUCCUCGUCGUCGGCACCAUGAACGCCAUCUCAGCGGGCCUGUUGACUUUCGCCUCCCUGGUGGAGCUGCUCUCCGAGGAUUUCCUCAGCGACAACAGCUGGAAUGAAUUGCGCGGAAAGAACCGCGUGUUCGCCUCAUUGCUCGUCUUCUUCGGCGCCUUCGCUAUGAGCUUGGUUGGUGCGUGGGCUUAG